GGAGGAAAAGCAGCCCAUCCGUGGAUGUGACACGCUUACAGAUACAUAGAAAUCAACCCAGCGAGCAGCAGCAGGACACGAUGAUCCAACUCCAGCACCGCGUGUAGUGCGGUCGAUUCAACCGGACGGCGAAGUUUUGUUCGUUUCCUCUCUUUCUCCCUCCCCGAGUCCCUCAGUGGGAGCACCACCACCACCACCACCAUGGUGAAGCAGUCGGACCGAGCCCCGCUGCUGGACUGGGAGGAGAUCCCACCGGCCGAUGCGAGCCAGGCCGCCCAGCAGCAGCAACAGCAGCAGCAUCCGCCUCUGCCGCCGUCGCGGGAGGAGAAGGUCGCCCCGAAAAGUUCGCAGCCACCGGGGCGGCGCCCGGCCGCGGUGACCGUGGCUGGCACCGGGUGGAGCACCGCGGCCACCGCCGCCGCCGUCACCCGCGGGCCCGAGAGCAGCGCAACAGCUGCGGACCGCAGCGUGAACGGAAGCCCGGGCCGCCCGCGGGCGGAGCCUCACGGCUCGGGUCGCCAUGCCCUCUUCCCCGGCCUUUCGUCGAGGGGCCAGUGGGAGGAAAAAGACCAGAUCGUGGCGGUGUUCGUGGUGACCUUUGGUACAAGGUCAGGGAAUAUGAUCGAGUGGUUCCUGCCUCACGACGUCAACCUGGAUGGAGUUGAAUUCAAGUCAAUCGCUAGCGGCUCCCACCGGAUCACCAGUGACUUCAUAUAUUUCCGCAAAGGCUGUUACUUUGGUCUGGCCUGCUUUGCUAACAUGCCCGUGGACAGUGAGCUGGAGCGAGGAGCCAGGAUGAAGUCCGUGGGGAUUCUGUCUCCCUCCUACACGCUGCUCUACCGCUACAUGCACUUUCUGGAGAACCAAGUCAGGCACCAGUUGAAGUGCCCGGGCCAGUACUCUCCUCUGGAGGCCUUCUAUGAGGACAAGAAGGCCGUGCUUCCCCCUACAGGAAAGGGUCUGGUCACCGCCUGCCCGACCUGGAGUGUCACCACCAUCAACCGCUGUAUGCACCCAGAGAUGAAGAUCACCCACCCGGCCGGCUGCAUGUCCCAGUUCAUCCAGUUUUUCGGGGAGCACAUCAUGGUGCUGUGGAAGUUUGCACUGCUGAGGAAACGGGUCCUCAUCUUCUCCCCUCCCCCCAUCGGCGUAGUCUGCUACAGAGUGUAUUGCUGCUGCUGCCUGGCCAAUGUCUCUUUACCUGGAAUUGGCGUCUCCGUGCCGGAAUUACGGCCUUUCUUCUACAUCAACAUAGCCGACAUCCCCGCCCUGGAAACGGAGCUGUCCUACGUGGCCUGCACUACAGAGAAGAUCUUUGAGGAGAAGAAGGAGCUGUACGACGUCUACGUUGAUAACCAGAAUGUGAAAACGCACAGGAGCCAUUUGCAGCCGCUGCUUCGACUGAAUGCAGCGGAUAAGGAGAAGUACAGGAAGCUGAGCGAGCAGAGGCAGAUGUUGCUUUACACUCAGGAGGUGGAUGGAGACUGCACGACAAAUGAAGAGGAUCUUUUCAUCCUGUUCUACAUGGAGCUUAACAACCGCAUCGUUCAGAUCCUGUCGGACGUAGCAGGGAGCAGCGACCCCACCCUCACCUCCGAGCAUGUGAGGGCCAUGGGGCUGGACCCCCAGGGCGAUCGAUUCUUCCUGCUGGAGCUGCUGGAUGUGUACCAGAUUGACGUCGCGCUGGUCAUAGACAACCUCUGCUGCUCCUGAACCCCCCCCCCCCCCCCCCGCCCCGCCCUCCCCUCUCCCCUCCCUCUCCCUCCUCACCCACCAGCCUGGGAAACUCUGAACGCCACGGGACACUCGUGCCUUUUACGGCCCACUCGCAACAAGACGACGUAGGCACUUCCUCCACCCUGGGACUUCUCCAUCUGUCGCCUGCUGUCCCCUCCUGGCUGUCUGUUUUCCCUCUUUGUGCGUCUCGUCUGACUUUUUGGAGACUGUUUCCAAACACCGCGGGUGACGGGGACAGUGAACGUUGCUGCACCGCUCCUCGGCAGGGGGGCGGCUGACAAACGCUCGCCUCGUGGGCCAUUCCACCCGUCGGCCGCAUGGUCCCACAGUCUUUCACAUCUUUUUUGGAGAUACUGGUUCGCUUGUGCGCUCAUGUUUGACUUUGAUGCUGGCGUCGAUCUGGUCGGGACGUUGCUGCGGGGCGGUCACGUCACGCAGCACAACGAAGAGGUCGCUGAAAGGGCCACGAUCCCGCCGCCUUUUGGGUCUAACGUACGUUUCUUUUGAAGGUAACAAUUCCUGUUACGUGGCCGCAUUUGUGCUACUGAAUAUGAAUUUGUGUGCUAUGAAUAGAUUUUUCUUUAGAAGACUCUAGGCAUCGUAAUGUGCAACAAAUUCAUCCUGCUGUGAUAACAUACUUCAUCAAAUCAAAUGCUUUUUGACUGCUUUAUUUACCUUUCAAAAAGGAAGCAAUAGAGGAGUGUGUUGCCUGAAACCAGCCCUCUUCGUGUUUCAUUGUUUUUUCUUAGUUUUUAUUCUUUCUUUCACAACUGAAAGUGAGUGAGAGGAUGUUCAAUAUCCUCUUUUUCAAUGGGGAGCUGCAGCUUUGACACCAGGUACAUCUGAUGAUGUGUCUCUGUGUUUGAUCGCAGUCAAAUGUGUGACUGAUGGACGCGCUCUUGAAACCUGUGUCGUCGUCAAUGAAUGACACUACACCACUAACUUAUCACGAAUGCUGCACCACAUCCACCACUGGAAUGUUUCAAGAUGCACAAGGUUAUUACGGUGCACGUUUGUAUGUUUUGGACUAACCGUCUGAGCCAAUAGGUGGUUACGGAGCGAGGGGGCUUUGCGUGUUGCACUGUGCACGUUCUUUUGUUUAUUUUACUCCAACUGUGGGCCAGUUCAUCAACGGCAGCCAAUAUAUGUUGUGAUGAUGCUGCCGUUCUUGAUGGAUCCUCUUUGCCUUUCUGUGUCCCUCACAAAGAUCUCUUUGUUUUAGGGGAUCCGGUGUUGUUCACAGUGAAGGACGGGCAGAAGCUUUAAGAACCCCCCCAUCUGUUGUCGAGUUUUUUUUCCUUUUUUUUUUUAAUGUCUUUUUCAUCGCAGUCCCACUGAGUGAAUCCGACUCCCAAUGGGCCAACUGUGUCUUUUGGAAUUAUCCUGGCAGAAUGGUUCAUUUAAUCCGUCGCGUUUCUCAUCGGAGUAAUAAUUCGUUCCACGUUGGAACACAUAACAACAAGCCUGAUGUCUCCUAUAAGUUUGGAGUACUGCUUCUCAGCCUUCUCGUGCCCCCCCAGGACAUCUAGGACAUCUAUUCGUAUUUGUACAGCAACUACAAAUAGCCUUCCCAUUUUUUUAUUUGGUAGCAAAUUCCAAAAGUGAUCUUUCAACUGCUGUCCUCUGACUUGAACCCCAAAGACGUUUUCUGGGUUGGUUAGAAAAGUGAAAACGUGCACGUGAAAAGUAUUGUAUUUGAAAGAGCUUUGUUGUUUAAAUGGGGCCUUAAGUGAUUCUCUCUAUCUCCCAACCGAGUGACUGACUUAUUGCGUGCGUUCACACCGUGUCCAGUUAGACCUGUUGACUCUGACUCCGCGGUUUACUUGCAGCAGACAUCAUCAUCUUGCCUCUGACAGCGUUUGCUUCCAGGUGUACGUAGGAAUGUACGCAACACACACACACACACCACUGUGUACAAGGCCUUCUUUUGUGGAGUCGUUCACAGAUGUGUUACCAGCAUUGGCAAAGUGAGUCGUUUGUACAUCGACUGUCAAAGAACAACACAUCCAAGUUGUGUAACCCUUUCCUCCUUUUGAUUGUGAUGUAAAUCAAGUACCGUUCUCAAAGAAUAACAAAAGUCUUUACUAAUGUGAAACACAUAAGAGAUGUCAAUAAUGUAAACAUGACCUCAAUAGCAUGACCAUCAUUUUACUGUACUGCCAUUGUAACACAAUAAAGCAUUGAUACAGUUUAA